AGGGACACUCUUUUAACUGAUAUCAAAAACUAAUAUACUAAUAUCUUCACUAAUAAUUUAGAGAUACCUAACUCUAUGGUACCAUAAAAUCUUUUUAAAGUUAAUUAAUUAAUUAGUCAUGUUUAGAGAAACACUGCAGUCAGGAAUAAUAUCAGUACUUUAUAGUUAAGGGUAAUAAAAAAUCAAAACCAUUGCAAGUAUGGGAUUAAAAAACUUCAGAUGGAAAAAUAGAGGUUAUAAAAGAUGAAGAAACAAAAACACACGUUGUAGAAAUAGUUGGAUAAAAUAGUAGUACAAAUUAUAUAGAAGGGCCUAAUAUUCAUAAAGAUGGAUUUGGGCUCAAAUUAACAUGGCUCCAUGUUUUAGUUAAAAAUCUAAAAAAAGACUUUUCUUUUGUUGUUGAGGUUGUUGAUCAUAAAAAAUAGAAAAGAAGAUUUAAAUUUAGUAAUUGGUUCAAAGACACAAGAGUAAAAAGCACAGUUACUAACAUUAAAUUAAAAAUGUAAGAAGGGUGGAAUCACUUUGUUUUUGAUAUAAAGCACAUAUGCUUAAAGUCAUACGGCACAAACCUCUAAGAAAUUGUUAAAAUGGUAGUAAAUGCAAAUUGUAGACUUAGAAGAAUUUAUUUUGCAGAAAAGCCUUUCCAUCUUCAUUAAAUUAGCUAAAUUCCAAAUGAUUUUAAAGUAUUUAUCUAAGGCUAAAACAAUGGAAAGUAUUAAGAAGAACCAGAAGAUGAGCAAGAGGAGGAAGAAGAAUAACCAGCUGAUAAUAAUUGAAAUUUUUUUUUCCUUCUUAGUUUCUAAUGGAAAUUGUUAAUUGCAAAAAGAAGAUUUUUAACGAAUAGAUUUUUAAUAAGAAAUAAGUAAUUGA